AUGAAAGGUCCAAUCAUCACGGAAGCCUUCAUACCAAAAUAUCUUGGCUCUGAGCUCAAAGAUCAACCUUCUCUGGCGGACCAACUCGAAGACCGCGAGACCUUGAGGGACGAGAUCGAGGGGCUGAUCCGCGAAUAUGGCUGGGUUCCAAGAGGUGAACUGAGAGACCAAGUGGAUUCGCCUCCAGUGUUACCAAAAACUGUGCCAAUCACCAAAAUCCCACACCAUGGUCCAGCAAUAAUCCACGUGGCGAGGCCUUUCUGGAGCAAAAAUGACAGUACCCGGGUGAUGCCUCCACCAGACAAGACAUCAGAAGAGAACCUCGACUGGAUUGAGGAUCCUCAUUGGACCCCUCAACCAGAAGCAGUAAAUGCGGAAACUGAACUACCAUCUAUCAAUCGAGUCCUAAAGCGGAAGAGAGAACUUGGACCCAACAUAUUCGAUGAACAGGCCGGAAACAUUUCCAACACACUCGCUGCUGGCACAAGAGAAAUUGGGAGUCUCAAGGGUGUUCAGAUUGGAACUCCACAUCGACCUGUGGCAAUGAAUUCUUUCGACAAUGCAGCGCGUCCUCUGGGUCGUCAACCCAGGCCACCGCCGCCAAAAGAGUACAAGAAUUACGACACGGUCUCACCAAGCAAAUCAACUGUCAUUCGCGAUGCUGCACGGACCGGUUGGCCGAGCGAGGAAUACUAUUAUCAACACAGGGCAAAAGGCACGACGAAAUUUGUGGAUCGCAUCUUGGCUGGCACACCGAUCGGGGAUGUGGAAAAGGAUACUUUCCUCCCACGUGAUGAGAUACUCCAUCGGGUCUGCAUGCUUGCCAGCACCUAUGAGAAGAUUCUUGAGGGUCUGGCAAUCGACAGAACGCAGCUUCACAACAUUGCAGGUCGAUUCAAGGAAGGAAAUGGAGAGGAGAUUGAUAAGAUCCUGAUGGACCAGAAGAAAAAUAAUCCUAUGAGAACUGCAGAAGAAGAGUUCUUGUUAUUCGAAUAG